AUGAACUCCCACGAUGCGGCCGAGGCCGUGGAGGUCGCCAAACCCUCGGCGGCCUACUACGACUCCCAUGUCCAUGAGAAGAAAGAAUCUUCUCUGGACAAGGAGCUAGAAAUUGCUCCCAGCAUCCAAGAGGUCCCCGCCACCAAAGAGCGCGGCGAUUCCUCCACGGGAGGCGAGGAUGCCCACCUCAAGUUGGAUAUUCCCACUGAGGAGGAAUUCGCAACCCUGCGUCGCGUUUCAGGACCCAUUCCCUGGACGGCGUAUACCGUGGCUUUCGUUGAACUGUGCGAGCGUUUCUCGUACUACGGAACCACUGCGGUUUUCGUGAACUUUAUCCAACGUCCUAUGCCUCCGGGAUCUACCACCGGUGCGGGUUAUGAUGAUAACGUUCCGGGCGCUCUGGGUAUGGGCCAACAGGCAUCUACGGGUCUGACGCUGUUCAACUCGUUCUGGUCCUAUAUCUGUCCGCUAUUCGGUGCCUUCGUUGCCGAUCAAUACUUAGGACGUUUCCGGACGAUUAUGUUUUCGAUUCUUGCGGCCUUGAUCGGUCACACCAUUCUCGUCAUCUCCGCCAUCCCGCAGGUGAUCUCGAACCCCAAUGGUGCCAUUGGAGCCUUUGCCAUUGGUUUGGUCAUCAUGGGUAUCGGAACGGGCGGCUUCAAAUCCAACGUGUCCACCUUAAUCGCAGAGCAGUAUACCCAGAAGACUGCCUUGAUCAAGACCCUCAAGUCCGGUGAGCGGGUGAUCGUGGAUCCGGCGGCCACCAUCGGACGUAUCUACCUCUACUUCUACUUGAUGAUCAACAUCGGGUCUAUCCUGGGCCAGGUCAGCAUGGUGUAUGCGGAGAGAUACGUUGGAUUCUGGCUGUCGUUCUUCCUGCCCACGGUGAUGUUUUUGUGCUGCCCUACGGUGCUGUUCCUGUGCCGGAAGAGCUACACCCACACCCCACCGACGGGAUCGGUGUACCUGCAGGCGUACCGUGUCUGGAAAUUGGCGAUGAAGGGACGGUGGUCUCUGAACCCGGCGCGCAUGUUUAUUAAAAACCCCGUCCCCUUCUGGGAGCCGGUCAAGCCAUCCGCCCUGGGACCCAACAAGCCGGCCUGGAUGGUGUUUGAUGAUGAGUGGGUGGACGAGGUGGCCCGUGGAUUGAAGGCCUGCUUGGUGUUCUGUUGGUAUCCUCUGUACUGGUUGGCGUACAACCAGAUGUUGAACAACCUGACGUCGCAGGCGGCGACGAUGAAGCUGGGUGGCGUGCCGAAUGACAUUAUCAACAACCUGAACCCACUGGCCCUGAUCAUCUUCAUCCCGAUCAUGGACCAGCUUAUCUAUCCGGGCCUACGACGGCUGGGAAUCAAGUUCUCGCCGCUGCGCCGAGUGACAGCGGGGUUCAUGAUGGCGGCACUGUCGAUGGUGGCGGCGACGUUGACGCAGCACUACAUCUACAAGCUUGGCGACUGCGGCAAGGAGGCCAACUACUGCCUGGACGAGCUGAACAAGCACUCGCCCAUCUCGGUCUGGGUGCAGGCGCUGACGUACGUGCUGGGCGGCAUCUCGGAGAUUUUCGCAUCGGUGACCUCGAUGGAGUACGCGUUCACCAAGGCGCCCAAGAACAUGCGGUCGCUGGUGCAGGCGGUGGCGCUGUUCAUGAAUGCGGUGUCGGCGGCGAUCGGACAGGCGCUGGUGGGAUUGUCCAAGGACCCGCUGCUAGUGUGGAACUACUUGGUGGUGACCAUCCUGGCGUUUCUGGGCGGCGUUGGAUUCUGGGCGACCAACUACAAGCUGGACCGCCAGGAGGAUCAGUUGAAUAACCUGAAGGAGAGUCGGUACGAAGGGACGGGCAUCAAGGGGGAUGAGGAGGCGACCCAGUAG